GCGUUGUUAUAGUUUGCUAAUUGUUCAAAAAAAAAAAAUCAAUAGAAGACAGAUCGGCAGUAAAAAAAAAAAAAAAACGACAAUGUUUAAGAAACGUAAGGUUUUACAAAAUCAGCGUAGGAGGGCUGCUUCUGAAAGCGAAAGUAGCGAAGACGAAUCUGCUGUAAUUUCAAACGAGAAGCGGCAAAGGAGACCAAACCCAUUAAUUCAAAGUACGUCUUGUAAAAAAAUCAAAACUAACGACGCUACAAAUUAUUCUUCUGAAAGUGAUCACGACACUGUUGGUGUUUCGUAUCGUUCUAAAAUGGACUCGGAAAUGAGCGGGCCUAAAGAUAUGGGGGCAACGGCUACUGUUGAAAUUGAUACGGAACUCGACAAGGAUGCACAAGCAAUUUACGAACGUUCGUUACAAGUAAACAAAGAACUUAAAGGUAAAGAAGACGAUAAAGUGUACAGAGGAAUGGCCAACUACACGCAGUAUUACGAAAAGAAAGACACGGCUCUUGGUAAUGCGUCCAGCGGAAUGGUACGUAAAGGGCCGAUCCGCGCUCCUGCCAAUUUACGAUCGACUGUCCGCUGGGAUUAUCAACCGGAUAUUUGUAAAGAUUACAAAGAGACUGGAUUUUGUGGUUUUGGAGACAGUUGUAAAUUCUUGCACGAUCGAUCGGAUUACAAAUUCGGCUGGCAAUUGGAAAUGGAAACUACUCAGCAGGGCGACUCUGACGGAGAUGACAAUCCAACAAAAUAUGAAAUUAAAGACGACGAUGAUGAUUACAUACCGUUUAAAUGUUUGAUUUGUCGUGGGUCUUAUGUUGAACCGGUAAUGACUAAAUGCAAGCAUUACUUUUGUGAAAAAUGUGCACUGGCGCAUUUCAAGAAAAGUACUAAAUGUUUUGUAUGUCAAAAACAGACCGGAGGCUUUUUUGAUCCGGCCAAAGUCAUUAUAGACAAAUUAAACGCCUCAAAUUCGGACGAAAUACAUCAAUGCCACUCGGGCGAAGAAUCAGAUUAAUGAACUUAGUUAAAGCUGAACAAUUUUGCUACCUAUAACUUGAUUUUGUUUUUGGCAUUAAACCAUAAUAUGUAUAAAUAAACCAAUUAAUCGUAUAAUAUAUAAACUAAUUAUUAUGUGUAUAUUAUGUAUUACUUGACAAAAGUCAUAUUAUAAUAAUAUAAUAUGAAUAAAAAAAUUGUAUAUGUU